AUGGAUAGCGAUGAGUAUAAAAAAGAAGUUGAAGCAAAUGUAAAGGCAGAAAAACUUUUACAGUUGCAAAACCAAACCGUACAGUAUGAAAACUUAGCACAAGAAAGUAAAAAUAACGACGCAGCCAUGCAAAAGGCAAUGAAAAGCGCAGAAUAUAUAAAAGCUAAUAAUGACUGGUUAGAUGCCCAAGCCAACGCUAAAGCAGCCCAACUUAUAGGGUCAAUAAGGACAAAAAUACAAGCGGAUGAAGACAGUUCAAAUGAAGCUUUAAUGAAUGCUGACUUUAAGAACGCCUUCGAAGCUCUUCAUAGUAAGGUGAAACUAGUGAACGACUUCUCAUCUGGAAAGAAACUGAAGUCUGAAGGUUUCGACAAAGAGUUAAGAGAAGUAGCACAAAAUAUGACGAAAAUAACAGAUGCAGCAACGAGACAGGCAGUUCAAAGUGCCUAUGACGCCGUUAGAGCAACUGUUGUGGAAAGUCAAGAAAAAGAGUUACAACAGACCAAAACAGACCUAGUAAAUGCUUUCUUAAGAACGAAAAGUCAGGUAGGACAUUAUGCUGCAGAUGGAACAUAUGUGCCAGCUGGUGGAACUUAUAUACCAGCUGGUGGAACUUAUAUACUAGCUAGUGGAACUUAUAUACCACCAAACCCUCCAAGAGAAGCACCUGCACCAGGACUACCUAAAACAUUUACAUCGUCACAUGGACACAGACACAGGCAUGCACCAAAACCAACACAACAACCAGCACAACAACCAACAGUUCAAAACACUGCACCACAACCAACAGUUCAAAACACUGCACCACAACCAACAGUUCAAAACACUGCACCACAACCAACAGUUCAAAACACUGCACCACAACAACCACAAACAGAGCAAGGACAUAA